AUGGCCAAGUUAUCACAGAAGAACCAGAGAAAUAUCAACAGCAACAAGAAGAAGAGCACAAGUAGUGAUAACAAUAACAAUGGUGUUACAGCAACAACAACUACAACUGCUACUAGCAAUGGUGUUACAAAGGUGAAGAGAACAAGGAGGAGUGUACCAAGAGACUCUCCUCCUCAACGUAGCUCGAUUUAUCGCGGCGUUACCAGACACCGCUGGACAGGCCGGUAUGAAGCUCACUUGUGGGACAAGAAUUGCUGGAAUGAGUCACAGAACAAGAAAGGAAGACAAGUCUACCUUGGCGCUUAUGAUGAUGAAGAUGCAGCUGCCCAUGCUUAUGACUUAGCAGCCCUUAAAUAUUGGGGCCCAGAAACCAUACUUAACUUUCCGUUAUCGACAUAUGAAGAAGCAUUGAAAGAAAUGGACGGUCAAUCUAGAGAAGAAUAUAUUGGAUCAUUGAGAAGGAAAAGUAGCGGAUUUUCUCGAGGGGUUUCAAAAUAUAGAGGUGUUGCAAGACAUCAUCACAAUGGUAGAUGGGAAGCUCGGAUCGGUAGGGUAUUCGGCAACAAAUACCUCUAUCUUGGGACAUACGCAACACAAGAAGAAGCUGCCACUGCAUACGAUAUGGCGGCGAUUGAAUACCGUGGAUUAAAUGCCGUCACCAAUUUUGACCUUAGUCGGUACAUCAAGUGGCUUAAACCCAAUCAAAACAACACAAGCACUACCACCGCCACCGCCACCGACAAUAACAUCGUCGAUCCAAAUCAUCAGUCGAGCCCUAACCUUAACCUUAACAUGGAAGCUCAAUUGACUCCAAACCCUAAUCAAGAACAGCUAGGUCUAACCUUUCUUGAAAGCCAAGAAACCUACAACAAUACUUUGGGUGACCCCACCUUGAGUCAGUCGCGCCAUGCAUCUGCCACGUCAGCCCUAGGUCUUCUUCUCCAGUCGUCAAAGUUUAAGGAAAUGAUGGAGAUGACCUCUGCUACAGAAGGGCCGGAGACAACUCUGGAAUUGGAGCCGCCGAAAUGUAGGUUCCCUGAGGACAUACAGACGUAUUUUGAGUGUCAGGAUUUGACUAGUUAUGGAGACGGAGAAGAAUUCUUGUUUGGGGAUCUCAAUUCAUAUGUUCCACCGAUGUUUCAGUGCGAUUUCGAACCUUAAAAUUGAGGUAACACACUAUAUAUCUGGAUGGAGAAUUGGCGUACGUAGCUUGGACUUUGAUUAAUAUUCAUAUAUUUGUUAUAAGUAACAUAAAUUAGAUUUUUUUUUUUGUGAAUAGAAGACCAAAAAUGGUCACUGAAUGGCUCGGUGAUGAUAGAGGAGUAUAGAGUAUAGACUCAUUUAAGUUUGAUUGAAGUAUUAAUUUCUUAGUUAAUUAUAAAACAAAGGAAGAAAUCUAGGAAAAGAAAAUUAUUUUGAAAUGUGGAAAAAUAUUUUCCAUCGUAACUAUUAGCUGUUGUUGCUUUAGUUCAUUUCUUUG